CAAAAGGGCCCGGGCCAGCGCUGCCAGUGGUGCUCGGAUUGGCUGAGGAGGAAGAGGAGAACCCAGAAAGAAGCACCAAUCAAAACACUAGGCAGCUAAGUUCGGCUGGGAACGCGGCGGGGGGAGAACUAGGGGAGGAGUAUUAAAAGACUGGCGUGUGUUGAUGUUUGGGUCUCAGUUCCGUGACUGUUACAAGGUGCUGAGCAAUCGUGGUUAAUGUCGUUGGACGUACUGUUAAAGUACCUGCUUCACUAUUUAAGGCUAAAAUCAUGGGAUGAUUUGUCUUAAAAUACUUGACCAAAAAAUGAAGAAUAGGAAAUAAAAGAAGGAAAAGUGUUGCCAAAAAUGAAAUAGGGACGAUAGGAGUUCAUUGCUUUUUUUUUAGUCUCUAUUGUUUGGUAAUUUUUCCCUUUAGGCUAGGAGUGUAGAACGCUUGCCUAGCGUGCGCAAGGACCUGGGUUCGAUGUCCAGCAUGGAAAAGAAAACAACCUGAAUAAGUUAAAGUGGACGUGACCCCGGAACUCUGCGGUACUCUGCAACAAUGGUGCUGCAUUUCCAUCCGGUCUCUAAACUUCAGCCACAGACCUAACAGCUCUUCUCACUCGCUGACGUAAACCGCGUCGUAAAAAGCCGCAAAGCGCAGAUCCGCCUGACCAACGUGGCGGUGGUUCGCAUGAAGCGCGCAGGCAAGCGCUUCGAGAUCGCCUGCUACAAGAACAAGGUGGUGGGCUGGCGCAGCGGCGUGGAGAAAGACCUGGACGAGGUCCUGCAGACGCACUCCGUGUUCGUGAACGUCUCCAAAGGCCAGGUCGCUAAGAAGGAAGACCUCAUCAGUGCCUUCGGCACCGACGAUCAAACGGAAAUCUGCAAGCAGAUUUUGACUAAAGGAGAGGUUCAGGUAUCUGAUAAAGAAAGGCACACACAGCUGGAGCAGAUGUUUAGGGACAUUGCAACCAUCGUGGCAGACAAGUGUGUCAACCCGGAAACAAAGAGACCUUACACUGUUAUCCUUAUUGAGAGAGCCAUGAAGGACAUCCACUAUUCAGUCAAGCCCAAUAAGAGUACAAAACAGCAGGCUUUAGAAGUGAUAAAGCAGCUGAAGGAAAAGAUGAAGAUUGAACGUGCUCACAUGAGGCUCCGGUUCAUUCUUCCAGUGAAUGAAGGGAAGAAGCUCAAGGACAAGCUUAAGCCGUUGAUCAAGGUUAUAGAAAGCGAAGACUAUAGCCAGCAGCUAGAAAUUGUGUGUCUGAUUGACCCAGGCUGCUUCCGGGAAAUUGAUGAGCUAAUAAAAAAGGAAACAAAGGGCAAAGGUUCUUUGGAAGUUCUCAAUUUGAAAGACGUGGAAGAAGGAGAUGAGAAGUUUGAAUGACAUUCCUCAGUCUCUUCAGCUAUAAAACACUAAAAGGAGAUGUUUCUGUUUCUGGUAGCACUGUUCAAUUUCUGUGAUUUGCCAAAAAAAGUGAUCAAUUUGACAUUUCUGUCUUGUGUUCAUGUGUGCAUAAAAAGACUUCCUACAUGAGGAUAAUGUGGGAAUGACUUUGUUUUAAUUUUAAACAGGUGUUCUAAACACAAAUGAAAACUCAAAAGUACCAAGUCCAGAGGGUCAUUUUGCUGCUGUCUCAGGCCUUUAUGGCACUCCAAAAUGAAAGCUUCCUGAGACAACUCUUGUGGCUAAAAGGUUAAGUUUUGUAUAUUAUAUAAGUAAGAUUAUUGGGAAAUAUGUCUGUAUGUUAAAAAGGAGUAUUUACUGGAAAAGAAAACGUGUAAUACAGCCUGUAGGGGUAAGUAUCGUGUCAGUCAAGCUUGGAUGACGACGUCCUGAUUAUCUGAAAUGGGCAUGUGGUGGCUGUAGGACUGAAUGAUGGUCAUUGAAUAUGCUGCCAAAACUCAGAUUGUCCUUGGUAAACUAUAAAGUCAUUCGUUUCUAAUUCUUAAAGCUAUAUAAUAUAUAUUAAUACAGCUAAAAUUAUAUGUGAUCAAUAAACUACUACUAUUUUUAUUAAACUGGCUUGUGUUUGUAGACAGCUUGCUAACUCCUUUUCUCCACCUACAGUAGGGUUGGAAGUUGUCAGGAGAAUUAAAUAAGCUGGUGUUAAUGAACAUGCCUAUCUGAAAAACACCAAAUAAAUCUUAAUUUGGGAGAUGUAA